AUGGAAAUGGACUACGCUACAGAGUUUUCCAUGGAUCGUCGUCCUCGAAAAAAGCCUAAAUUGGCUUGGGAGCUUCCUCAAACUCACUCAAAGGCUCAUUCGGGGAUGUAUUGUGGACAAGAGUUUGCUAAUGUGACAACAAGCUAUGGAACACUGAGGGUACUUCCUGACCAAGCUGGUCUAUCAAUAAAAGGAUUGGCGGAAAAAGGUUCUCCUCAAUGGCGAGAGGAUGAUAAAGAUGGACAUUACAUGUUUGCGCUUGGAGAAAACUUAACUUCUCGGUAUAAGAUCCUCAGGAAAAUCGGUGAAGGGACUUUCGGUCAGGUUUUGGAAUGCUGGGAUAGAGAAAUGAGGGAGGUAGUUGCCAUAAAAGUUGUGAGGAGUAUAAAGAAAUAUCGUGAAGCAGCAAUGUUAGAAGUUGAUGUGCUCCAAUUGCUUGGGAAGUAUGACAGGAAUGGCAGUCGCUGUGUUCAAAUACGCAACUGGUUUGACUACAGGAACCAUAUUUGUAUUGUAUUUGAGAUGCUUGGACCAAGCUUAUAUGAUUUUCUCCGGAAGAACAGUUAUCACCCAUUUCCAGUUGAUCUUGUCCGUGAGUUAGGAAGACAAUUGCUGGAAAGUAUAGCAUUUGUACAUGAUCUGCGCCUCAUCCACACUGACUUGAAGCCUGAGAAUAUACUUUUUAUUUCCCCAGAAUAUGUAAAAGUGCCUGACUACAAGGUCAUGUUCCGGUUGCCAAAAGAGGUAACCUCUUUUAAAAGACUGCCAAAAUCAAGUGCUAUUAAGGUUAUUGAUUUUGGUAGUACUGCUUAUGAGCACCAAGAUCACAACUAUAUUGUCUCUACUAGGCAUUAUAGGGCUCCUGAGGUUAUUCUUGGACUUGGUUGGGGUUUUCCUUGUGACAUUUGGAGUAUUGGUUGCAUUUUGGUUGAGUUGUGCUCGGGAGAAGCUUUGUUUCAGACGCACGAGAAUUUAGAGCAUCUUGCCAUGAUGGAGAGGGUUUUAGGCCCAAUGCCUCAACACAUGUUGAAAAGAGCAGACCGCCCUGCAGAGAAGUAUGUCAGAAGGGGUAGACUAAACUGGCCCGAAGGAGCAGUCUCCCGAGAAAGCAUCAAGGCUGUCUUAAAACUACCUCGACUUCCUAAUCUGGUGAUGCAGCAUGUGGAUCACUCGGCUGGGGAUCUUCUUGAUCUCUUGCAGGGUCUACUUCGGUUCGACCCCGCGAGCAGGAUGAAGGCUCAUGAAGCACUCAGGCAUCCCUUUUUCACUGGGGAGCAUUACCAGAGGUAUUAA